GGUAUCGGUCUUCUGCUCGCUUUUGGCAGUGGCUGCAGGCACGAGGUCGAGUGCACCUCCUUUCAUCAACUCCUCAAGAAAAUCGUCGUCUACACCAUGGCCGUGCUUUCUUCUGCCGCAGAUGGUGGGACUGCCCAGAAAGUAGCGUCCCUGACGUGGAGCGAGGAGACGAUUGAAGUGGAGACGUGCGGCCGCAGCUACUGGUCAUUCUUGCAGCGCGCACGGGCAAUCGACAACAAGCAGCUGGGGAACGUAAGCGCCUUCACCGUGGACGACGAAGUCGACGAAGAGGAGGUUAGCGAAGAGGUGGACUUCCUCCUUCGGGACGAUCUCACGCCCGAGCUUGUCCGGGAGCUGACACACUACGAAAUCCUGGGCUUCGAGAAGUACGGCAACGGCGUUGGUGACGAGGGGCUGAAGAAGGCUUACCGUAAGGCCGUGCUCAAGUACCACCCCGACAAGACAGGGGUGCAGGACGGGGAAGAGGAUGAGGUGUUCAUGGCGGUACAGAAGGCGUUCGACACGUUGACGGACAUGACCAAGCGCCGCGCGUACGACUCCUCGCUCGAGUUCGACGACAAUGAGCUGGAAGGGAAGGAAGUCAGCGGACCAACGAGCUUCUAUAAGGUGUACGGGCCGGUCUUCGAGCGAAACAAGCGUUUCGCCGUGAUCCUGCCGGCACCGAGCCUCGGGGACGAUGACACCCCCAUCGAUGAGGUGAACAACUUCUACGAAUAUUGGGUGAACUUCGAGAGCUGGAGGGAUUUCUCGCUUGAGGGGGAGCACGAUGUUGAGGAUGCGCAUGACCGUUACGAGAAGCGCUGGAUGAUCAAGGAGAACGACCGCAAGUCCAAGGAGCUCAAGCGGAAGGAGGUGAAGCGCCUGGCGCUCCUGGUGGACAGAGCUAGGGCGGUCGACCCUCGCAUCAUCCGAGAGCGAGUUAGAGAGAGGGAAGCCAAGGUUGCGGCCAAGGAAAACAAGGAGCGCGAGAAGCGAGAGCGAGAGCAGGCUAAGAUGCAGGCCGUGGAGGACGAGAAGAGGAGAAAGAAAGAGGAGGAGGAACGUCUAAGGGCCAUUUCCAGGCAGGCGAAGGCGGGCAGAGAAGCUCACAAGAAGGAGAUGCGCAGGCGGAAGAAGGUGAUGAAAAACCUGUACUCACUGGCGGUAGCGCAGCUGACUAUCGGCGGUUCCGGUUCGGAGGCGGGGAUUACACCGGUGGGCGAAGAGGACAUGGAGUGGUUGAAAGAGAACCUGUUGCUGGACCAGCUAAACGCCGCCAUCGCGGCCUUGGGGACAGAGGAGGACAUCAAGGUCGAAGGGUUGGACGUGAUGAAGAUGCUGAUGGAGCGGAGAAAAGCGGAGUUGAAGGAGGAAGAAGAGGCAGCGGAGGCCAAGCAGAGGGCGGACAGAGAGGCGCUGGUUGCGGCGCAACUCAAGAUGGGGUCUGACCGUGAGUCACGCAAGCGGGCAUGGGAAGAAAACGAGCUGUCGUCCCUUGCAAAAGCCAUCGUCAAGUUCCCCGCAGGGUCUCAAAACCGUUGGGAGCACAUCUCGCAGUUCAUCGCUCAGGCGACGCGGGCCAAGGAUCCCUUCAGCAAGGAGGACUGCAUCGCCAAGUACCAGCAGCUACAUGCUGCUCCUGCAGGGCCUCAGAAGGUCGUGGCUCCAGCGGUGGCGGCUGCUUCCUCUUCGGCAAACGCCAGGUCUGCGCCGGAGCGACCCUCUCGCCGAGAACCUAGGGAGGACGUGUGGAGCCAAGCCCAGCAGCAGCAGCUCGAGACCGCGCUGGCCCGCUUCCCGAUGGGCAUGGAUAAGAACGAGAGGUGGGCUUCCAUCUCCGCCGCGGUCCCCGGCAAGAGCAAGAAACAGUGCGUCGAGCGCUUCAAGUUCGUCAAGACUCAACUUCUUGCCAAGAAGAAGGCGGAAAAGAAGGCGGCAGGGGCGGCCGCGGCAAAUGGGGGAGCGGAGGCAGCAGCCGCAAAAAAGUAGCGAUCCUGUUGUUGAUUGGAUCGAUUUUGAAGACAGACCGAUGUGCGCCGCCUCCCUUCCCAAUCAAAUUGGAAUCGUUCGUGUUUCGUCAUCAUUGUAUCUAUCCAGCUGGACCUCCUGUGACCACGGUAUUGGACGAACUUCGAUAUUUGUCUUUGUUUUGGGCACGACUGCAAAUUGUUGAGAGGAUCGAUGUUUGUCUUUGUUUUGGGCACGCCACAAAUUGUUGAGAGGAUCAUUUGUUUCAAGUGAGACUUCAUGGAGUGCUGCAGUAAACUUCUUCAAGGCACCAUGAAGACAGGCCGAACCGGUGGAGGCCAUUGUCGGUACACGGUUUCAGUCGAUGCAUUGGCUUAGAUUUUUUCUCCGUCGUUCGCUGUUUUUUUCUUGUUUUGUAUGGGAAGUUUUUGUCUUUUUUUCCACCACACAAGGUGGCUUUGGUGAGUGGACAAUUUCAAUUUUGUGCGGCUCGGUGAUUUCCCCCCAAGUGCUUCAAUUAAUGGAGCCGGCUGUGGAAUUUUGACGACAGCCGGGAACAGGCGUAACGGCGAAGAUUUGCACACUACGUGGCACACGUUCGGCCCGAAUCCCCCCGGUUAUGGUCGGUUGUUUUCCUCGUGCAGCAGUAGGGUCUGCUUUUUCUUUUUCGGACCGUGCAGUGGAGAGAUAUAGCAGUUGGAGUCGGUGGCAUGACAUGGUAACCUCUUCCGGCUUCAUUUCUUUCAUGGCAUCGGGCAACCGGGAGAGGGAAGCCAACAAAUCAAGAUUCAUGUAGCUGAAGCUGCCGUUUUUUCGGAAGGACUCGUUUGAAGCUUGUGUCGGUGUGGUAAACGGACCGCUUAAACAGUUUGACAUGUGAGGAUCGAGGUUAUGGCUUGUGGUGGAUACAAUUGGUAGGCUUUUACGGAGGAUGCCGAACGAAGUGGGUAGGUUUUUGUGUAAGGACGGAAGGCCUCAUCCAUCCAAUUCCAUCCACUUUCUGAAAGUGAUUCAAAAACUGAGAUGAUGAUACAAGAGUGAUAUCGGAGAUACCUCACAAGGCGGACGAAUCCGGCACGGAUCCGCUCCAGCUGCAGGCCCCCAAAUUACUGAGAAAUGAACGCGAUCGAUUAUUCCCUGUUUCCCCCAAAAAGAGUCGCCAAGGUGAAGAGAGGGACAUGAAGACUACCGAACAAAGCGGCACCACCGGAAACAACUCACAUAGUUGUCUGCGUAACCAUUCGACCUCCUUCGUCAAAGGCCGUAUAAUCGAUUGACGGUAGUUAUCGGGGCGGGGGGGUAAUUGGGCGGUUGGUUGGAUCACGGCAGUGACGUUGGAGGGACACGUGAUAUCCAUAGUCAUCACUUGUUGUGCAGCGUUACGGCUUUGGUGAGCAAUGGUGAUCUCUCGAGGAUGUACAAGGUCUGGAGUGUGGGGAUCUUCCGUUUACACGGGGUACCGUUGUCAAUGACAAAGGG